UCUUAUCUGGUCUUCAUAUGCGUCAAACGUGGGACGCUACGUGUUAUACUUGUGAAUAAAUUCGAAAUUUCCGAACAGUUUCUUCUUAACACUGGACUGAUAAGAAGAAUAAGAAGAAGAGGGGAUAAUCAAAUAAAGUUAGCUGCAGUCUACGAUCGCAAUGCUUGACAAACUCUUUCUGGGUGUGUUGUUGAUUCUUUUGGCUGGAAAAUGGUCGCACGGAAAAGAUUACACUCCAGCAAACUUUACCGAGUACAUGAAGUUGUCUGUUGAAGUCGAUGAAGAUAAUUCUAGACUGGGCUCCCGAGCAAGUCUAGGGCGGCCGUCGGUCACUUGGGAAUGUGAAAGAGUAACAAGAGUGCCUUCACAAGUUCAAAGCGGAUAUCGCCUGAGCACCUUCUACCAGAAGUACUUACACGCAUUCGGUAUUCCUAUCAUAAGUUCCAACAGAGUUCGGGAUGAUGCACUAAAGAGAGCUUGCUAUGUUGCUGUUUUUCUAUUCGCUGACCGCCAGGAUAUUCGCUCGUGGUUUUACAAGCGCUAUGGACGUGCAGGUGUGAUCGCCUACAGCGAGGGCGUCACAAGUAUUCCUGAACACUCGUGGCUCGGAAGCUGGUGGAACCAACGGGCUAGGGGACUGGGGGCGACACUUAGACAUCCAAUAUCCACCGGUGGAGAAGAAAACCUUCUUUGCGACAGAGGCAGAGACCGCUAUCCCAGAGAAGACAUUUUCCUUCACGAAUUUAUUCACGGACUACAUAACUUGGGAAUAGCCUCAAACGGAGCAAUUCCAAACUUCGAUGGCAGGCUGCGCCAGCGAUACGACCACCUAAGACGGACAGGCGAGAAAUGGAGAAAUACCUACGCCAUGUCUACUGACCGGGAGUAUCUCGCCGAAGGUGCUCAGAGUUAUUUUGAUUGCAACGACGAACAGAUUCCAACAAACGGAAUCCACAACUACGUCAACACCAGGACAGAAUUGGCAGGUUACGACCCAGUGCUCUAUGGAUACCUCCUGGAGAUAUUCCCUUGUCAGAACCAAUAUGUGAAGCGAUGCGAUUGGCGAAAGGGAAAGAGGCAAGUACAAUUCAAAAUGAACUGCGAUAGAAGUGGCAGAGGAACCCUGAUGGACUUUCAUACGAAGCGACCUGUAAAUCCACCAACAGCAUCCCCGCCGGAAACCCCUCCUCCUCCUCCCAAUACUCCCCCAGCUCCUAACACCCCUCUACCCCCUAAAACAUCUCCCCACUCGAACACCCCACCUCCCCCAAAUACCCCUCCCCCACCAAAACCCCAAACUUCUCGACCACCAGUAAAUUGCAAAGAUCUCCAUUAUAGCUGCCCUUCCUGGGCAAGGAGAGGUGAAUGCACACGGAACCCAGGAUACAUGUUGAAGAAGUGUAUGAAAAGUUGCAACAAGUGCAGUGGGGGUGGAGGAGGAAACUGCGUCGAUAAAAACCGAAACUGCAGAUGGUGGGCCCAAUAUGGAGAAUGUCAGAAGAAUCCAGGCUUUAUGUUGGUUUCGUGCAAGAAAAGCUGUCGUCAGUGUUGAAGGAAAAAAAAAUUAACGUGAGAUGAGAUGUGGAAAAUAGAUUGAGAUGAGAUUUUUUUUUUUGCACUCCGAUUCUUCAAAGCAUCGAUUUUGACAAAAGAAAAGCACUGCAAAAUCAUUACUUUAUAUCGGGUCCUAAAAAUUGUUUUGAUCAAGAUCACAAUUUCUCAGUCAUUGUGGAGUGCAUGCGGAAAACUCUAAUUUACAUACGUGAUAAAUUCAUGAAUUAUCCUUACAAUAUAUAAUACAUUGUAAUAAAUGCGAUGAGGAAGAAUAAAAAAAUAACAAAAAAAGAACAACAAUAACAGCAAAAGAAAAAGCAAUAUCAUUGACCGUGCGUCGUUUAUAUCCGAUCCCUUUACAUUCUAAGAUCAUUAUUCAUAUUCUCCAUUUUGUUCUUUAUACACUUGCCAUGGUGCCGACAAGAAAAAUUUGUUUAAAAACACAAUAGCAAUUUUAGUAAACGAUGGUUCAUUUUCUUUUCAUGAUCAUUGUAAUUAUUCGGUGGUGAUGCUGUAAGCAGAAAUUGGAUGCUGGUCACACCAC